UUGACUGUCUUUGUUUGCUGAUUGCUGGCUUAUGUUUAUGGUGUUUCCUGUGAGGCAAAGAUGCUCAGGAAAAUAAACCACCUGAAGUUAAUGACAGUAAAGUCACCAUGGCUGAUUUGGGGUGUAAGAAGCCUAGUGACUGCACAGUCUCCAGGCUCCUCAAUGUUGUGGAGAACGAACUCCAGGCUGGGAGAGACAAAGGGGAUCCCACUGAGAAACAGCUCCAGGUGGUCUUAGAAGAUGCCGCACUCUGGCAGAGAUUCCGGGAAGUCACUAAUGAGAUGAUCGUGACCAAGAACGGCAGGCGGAUGUUCCCAGUUCUAAAGAUCAGUGUGACCGGCUUGGAUCCCAAUGCCAUGUACUCCUUCCUACUAGACUUUGCCCCGACUGAUGGCCACCGUUGGAAGUAUGUGAACGGCGAGUGGGUGCCGGCGGGAAAGCCAGAGCCACCGAACCACAGCUGUGUCUACAUCCACCCAGACUCUCCCAACUUUGGGGCCCAUUGGAUGAAAGCCUCCAUUUCCUUCAGCAAAGUGAAACUUACAAACAAGCUCAAUGGAAGCGGGCAGAUAAUGCUAAAUUCCCUGCAUAAAUAUGAACCUCAGGUUCACAUUGUUCGUGUGGGAGGCCCACACAGGAUGGUGAUGAACUGCUCCUUUCCUGAGACCCAGUUCAUAGCUGUGACAGCUUACCAAAACGAAGAGAUAACAGCUCUCAAAAUCAAGUAUAAUCCCUUUGCUAAAGCCUUCCUGGAUGCCAAAGAAAGAAACCAUUCCAAGGAUGCCCCGGAAACAGUCUCUGAAGGUCAACAUAUGACAUAUUCUCACUUGGGUGGCUGGUUGAUUUCCAAUCCAGACACUGUGUGUACAUCAGGAAGCUCUAAUUAUCAGUAUGCUGGGCCUUUGUCUCUGCCUGCACCACAUUCCCACCACGGCUGUGAGCGGUACACAACACUUCGAGGGCAUCGGGCCACUCCAUAUCCUGCUUCAUACAUGCAGAGAAACCACUCCCCAACAGUGAACCUGAUGGAAAACCCAAGCAAUAAUCUCCAGGUGUUCCCAGGACACGACAGCUGGACUUCUUUUCCAUCCACUCCACAUGCCAACUUGUUUUCAGUACCAAACACCAAGGGAGCAACUAACCCUGAUCCUGGCCCCUAUCCAUGUCUGUGGACAGUCAGCAACAGUGCCAUGAAUGUUGCCAACUCUGGGACUGAAGCAAACAGCAGCUCUGCAAGUGUGUUCCUGAGAGGCAAUGUCCCCUUGCCUACCACAACUUCCUCUGCCCCAGUUCCUCUGCAGGGCACAGUUCCCAGCAACACGGAGACACCAGGGGAGACCCCUCUAGCCAGACUUGCUGAUCCUGCCUGGACAUCCUCUCAUUCUUUUUAAGGGCUGCUCUCUAGGGAUGCUAGGCAGGACCUGAACAGGACUGGAAGAUGCAGCAAAGGACAAAGACAAUGCAUAGGAGUACUAUGUAGGGGACAAGGCAGAAGAACACAUGCACAGAAGGAACAGAUUUCAGCUGCAACCCAGUUUCCAUCUAGUACCCAGAGUGACAAUGGAAGAGUCGAGAGGUGUCAUGCAGGGGUGGGGAAGCUGGCUUGUUGCUGUGCCAUUCAGUGCCUCAGCGAAGAAUGACCAUAUCACAUCUUUAGAGUCAGCUCCAAGUUGCAUGUAAUUGUUCAGAGAUAUGGUAUGUAAUGGAGCAGAAAUGGCAGCUUGGUACCCAAACGUGAUUUCAAAGGAACAUCUGUUAUAGCUAAGGCUGAUCACAGAGAGUUAUCAGGGAUCUUGCAGAGAUCAGAAAGCAUGGUAUCAUCAUGCUGUUCUGGUGCACGGACUUAAGGGCAAGACUGCCAGAUAUGCCUUGGAGUACUUUUAAUAUUUGAAACAUGUUCUUGAAACUAAAUUCUGUCGGAGGAAAUGAUGUUCUGCCUCCUUGUGUUCUGUUCCUUCUGUUUCAUUUGCAUAUGGUAUCCCUUUCCCCCCCUCCCUUCCUUCAGCUCUUGUGCAGGCUUUGUAUGCUGUAAGAAUAGCAACACACUCUCUAGUUGAGAAGGUGGCUGCAUUUCAGCAGUGGGUCCUAUGUAGAGUUGGUAAAAUGAUAUGAGGUUGUUUUUUUGGAUGAACGGCUAUAAGUGUUAUACAGGAUAUUUGUUAUUUUUGAGGGACAAGAUGGUUAUAAGAGAUACUGAGCUUGUAUUUCCUCUUUGUUUCAGGUAAAGAGUAAAAAUAAAAU